AUGCACCAUGGCAGCGGCCCUCAGAAUGUCCAGCACCAGCUGCAGAGGUCAAGGGCCUUCGCUGGCAGCGAAGGAGAAGAGCAGCAGGCCCAUCCCAACCCCCCCCAGUCCCCCGCCACGCCCUUCGCCCCGGCAGCAAGCCCGUCUGCACCCCAGUCCCCCGGUUACCAAGUUUCACAGCUGAUGAAUCGGAGUCCUGUGGCCGGGCAGAAUGUGAACAUUGCCCUUCAGAAUGUGGGGCCGGUGGUGGGCGGAAACCCCCAGAUCACACUGGCCCCCCUGCCGCUGCCCAGCCCCACUUCUCCAGGAUUCCAGUUCAGCGCACAGCAGAGGCGGUUUGAGCACGGGUCUCCGUCGUACAUCCAGGUCACCUCGCCGCUGUCCCAGCAGGUGCAGACUCAGAGCCCCACCCAGCCCAGCCCUGGGCCAGGGCCGGGCCUGCAGAGCGUGCGGGCAGGUGCCCCUGGCCCCGGCCUGGGCCUCUGCAGCAGCAGUCCCACCGGGGGCUUCGUGGAUGCCAGCGUGCUGGUGAGGCAGAUCAGCCUGAGCCCGUCCAGUGGCGGCCACUUCGUGUUCCAGGAGGGCUCGGGCCUGGCGCAGAUGGCCCCGGGUACCCAGGUUCAGCUGCAGCAUGCAGGGGCGCCCAUCACGGUCAGCAGAGAACGGAGACUUUCGCAGCCCCAUGCGCAGUCUGGGGGCACCGUCCACCACCUGGGGCCUCAGAGCCCUGCGGCCGUGGGCGGGGCGGGCCUGCAGCCUUUGUCCAGCCCCGGCCACAUCACCACGACGAGCCUGCCGCCCCAGAUCAGCAGCAUCAUCCAGGGGCAGCUGAUCCAGCAGCAGCAAGUGCUGCAGGGGCCACCACUGACCAGACCUCUGCUCCCCGGGGUUGGGGUCGGGGUUGGGGGGACUUCGGCGUUUGGGAUGACGUCCCCACCGCCCCCCACCAGCCCUUCCAGGACCGCAGUGCCUCCGGGCCUCUCUAGCCUUCCCCUCUCGUCUGCGGGGAGCGCAGGCGUGAGGAAGGCUCCCAGAAAGUUGGAGGAGAUCCCCCCGGCCUCCCAGGAGCUGGCUCAGAUGAGGAAGCAGUGCCUGGACUAUCACUACAGGGAGAUGGAGGCGCUGAAGGAGGCCUUCAAGGAGUACUUGAUUGAACUGUUCUUCCUGCAGCACCUUCAAGGAAACAUGAUGGAUUUCUUAGCAUUUAAGAAGAAACAUUAUGCCCCUUUACAAGCUUAUCUUAGGCAGAAUGAUUUGGACCUUGAAGAAGAGGAGGAAGAGGAGGAGGAGGAAGAAGAAGAGAAGUCUGAGGUUAUCAAUGAUGAGCAGCAGGCCCUUGCAGGGACCCUGGUGGCAGGAGCCGGAAGUGCGAUCGAAACGGAUCCUUUCAAGAGACAGCAGGCGGGACCCCCAGCAGAGCAGUCUAAGAGACCUCGACUUGAAGUGGGUCACCAAGGGGUAGUUUUCCAGCACCCAGGGGUGAAUACAGGAGUUCCUCUCCAGCAGUUAAUGCCGACAGUUCAAGGAGGAAUGCCUCCUGCCCCGCAGGCCGCUCAGCUCGCCGGCCAGAAGCAGAGCCAGCAGCAGUACGACCCCUCCACUGGGCCCCCGGUGCAGAACGCCGCCAGCCUGCACACGCCUCCGCCGCAGCUGCCCACCAGGCUGCCCCCGGCCGGCCUCCCUGCCGCGCCCCUGCCACCCGCGCUGCAGUUCCCCCCGCAGCCGCAGAUGGCGGAGCCCCAGGCCCAGCUCCCAGUCCCCGUGAAGACGCAGCCGCCCAACGCUCCGGUCCCCGCACCCCCGCCCAGCCAACUCCCCACAGCUCCCCCGCAGCCCACGCCACCCACCCUCCACAUCCCGAUGCCCGGGAAGGCGCAGAUGCAGGCCCCUCCACUCCCAGCCCAGCCACAGACGGUGGCACCAACCAGACCACCCGUGGACCCCACCCAGUCCUGCUUGCGGCCUCCGCCCUCCACCUCCACUACCUCGACUGUUGCCCCUGCUAGUGGCUCAGGCCUGGGACCUUCACCUGCACGCGCCUCCCCGGUGAAUAGACCCUCCUUGGGAGCCAACAAGUCACUGUCUCCGGUCACCUCCCGCUCCCCAGGGGCAGCCGUGUCGGCACCCCCGAAACCACAGAGCCCAGCUCAGAAUGCCGCGCCGCCCCAGGACAGUUCUCAGGAUAAGCUGGCAGAACAAAUAGCCUUGGAAAACCAGAUCCAUCAGCGCAUAGCAGAUUUAAGGAAGGAAGGCCUGUGGUCCCUCCGACGGCUUCCCAAACUUCAGGAGGCCCCGCGGCCCAAAUCACACUGGGACUACCUGCUGGAGGAGAUGCAGUGGAUGGCCACGGACUUCGCCCAGGAGAGGAGGUGGAAGGUGGCCGCUGCUAAGAAGCUUGUCAGAACUGUAGCUCGUCAUCAUGAAGAGAAGAAGCUUCGGGAGGAAAGGGGGAAGAAAGAAGAACAGAACCGAUUGAGGCGAAUAGCUGCGUCGACUGCUAGAGAAAUAGAGUACUUCUGGUCAAAUAUUGAACAGGUUGUGGAAAUAAAACUACAAGUAGAAUUAGAAGAAAAAAGGAAAAAGGCUUUAAAUUUACAGAAAGUUUCCCGGAAAGGAAAAGAGUUGAGACCUAAGGGACUUGAUGUACUACCGGAAAACUUUCUGGAUUCGGGAAUAUCUGGAAGAAAAAGAAAAGCAAGCACGUCUUUAACCGAUGACGAAGUGGAAGAUGAGGAGGAGACGAUUGAGGAGGAAGAAGCGAAUGAAGGGGUCGUGGAUCACCAAACAGAGCUGUCUAAUCUAGCCAAAGAAGCUGAAUUACCCUUGAUCGAUUUGAUGAAGUUGUAUGAAGGUGCCUUUCUGCCAAAUUUCCAGUGGCCCCAACCUAAGCCUGACAGUGAGGAGACAAGUGAAGAAGAAGACAUGGAAGACUGCCCAGGGGACCGGGAGAGUCGGAAGGAUGUGGUUCUCAUUGACUCGCUCUUCAUCAUGGACCAGUUUAAAGCUGCAGAGAGAGUGAUUGUCGGGAAACCUCAUACCAGGGACAUCGCGGAAGUGACCGCUGUGGCUGAAGCCAUCCUGCCCAAGGGCAGCGCUCGGAUCAGCACUGUGGUGAAGUUGAAUGCCCCGGCCCUGCUGUACGGCACCCUCAGGGAUUACCAGAAGAUUGGCCUGGACUGGCUGGCCAAACUCUACCGCAAGAACCUCAAUGGCAUAUUGGCAGAUGAAGCUGGGCUUGGGAAAACAGUGCAGAUCAUUGCCUUUUUUGCUCACCUAGCCUGUAAUGAAGGCAACUGGGGCCCUCACCUUGUCGUUGUGAGGAGCUGCAACAUACUCAAGUGGGAGCUGGAGUUGAAGCGUUGGUGUCCGGGGCUCAAAACGCUCUUGUAUGUUGGCAGCCAUAGAGAACUCAAGGCAAAGAGACAGGAGUGGACGGAGCCCAACAGCUUCAACAUCUGCAUCACGUCCUACAAGCAGUUCUUCAAGGGCUUCGCGUCCUUCACGCGGGUGCGCUGGAAGUGCCUGGUCGUCGAUGAGAUGCAGCGCGUGAAGGGCAUGACUGAGCGGCACUGGGAGGCCGUGUUCACCCUGCAGAGCCAGCAGCGCCUGCUCCUCAUCGACGCGCCCCUGCACAACACCUUCCUGGAGCUGUGGACCAUGGUGCACUUCCUCAUCCCGGGCAUCUCCAGGCCCUACCUGCACUUCCCCCUGAAGGCUCCCAACGAGGAGAACCAGGAUUACUACCACAAAGUGGUCAUCCGGCUGCACCGGGUGACACAGCCCUUCAUUUUGCGGAGAACUAAGAGAGACGUGGAGAAGCAGCUGACGAAGAAAUAUGAGCAUGUCCUCAAGUGCCGCCUCUCCAAUCGACAGAAGGCCUUGUACGAGGAUGUUAUCCUGCAGCCGGGAACCCAGGAAGCGCUGAAGAGCGGGCACUUUGUGGACGUGCUGAGCAUCCUCCUGAGGCUGCAGCGGAUCUGCAACCACCCUGGACUGGUGGCACCCCGGCUCCCGGAGUCCUCCUACACAGCAGGGCCGCUGCAGUACCGCUCCGCCUCGCUCGUCCUGAAGGCGCUCGACAGAGACUUCUGGAAGGAAACGGACCUUUCUAUAUUUGAUCUUCUUGGCUUAGAAAAUAAAAUGACUCACCACGAGGCAGAACUGCUGGGUAAGAAGAAGGUGACGAGGAAACUCUUUGAGGAGCUGUUCACUGCGCCGCCGCCGUCAAGCAGGCCGGCGGCUGUCAGACUGAAGCCCAGCAGGUUGUUCCAGCCUGUGCAGUAUGGCCAGAAGCCCGAGGGCCGCACUGUGGCUUUCCCCAGCACACAUCCACCCCGGACGGCCACCCCUGCCACAGCCACGGCCACGCCACAGGGCCACGUUCGAGGACGGCCACCCAUUGCCACAUUCUCUGCAAAUCCAGAUGCAAAAGCGGCAGCAGCCCCGUUUCAGACCUCUCAGGCCUCCACCAGUGCUCCGAGACACCAGCCUGCCUCGACCUUCAGCACAGCACCUAGCCCAGCCCAUCCUGCGAAACUGCGGGCUCAGACCACUGUCCCGGCCUCCGCCCCGGGCCCGCCCCAGCCCCAGCCCCAGGCCCCCUCGCACCCGGCCGGGCAGAGCGCGCUGCCUCAGGGGCUGGUGCUCACCUCGCAGGCCCAGGCGCGCCUGCCGAGUGGGGAGGUGGUCAAAAUAGCCCAGCUGGCUUCCCUCGCAGGCCCGCCAAGCCGAGUCGCCCAGCCAGAGACCCCCGUGACACUGCAGUUCCAAGGCAACAAGUUCACCUUGUCACACAGCCAGCUCCGGCAGCUCACGGCUGGCCAGCCCCUACAGCUCCAAGGCAGCGUGCUCCAGAUUGUGUCAGCGCCUGGGCAGUCCUACCUGCGCCCUCCUGGCCCCGUGGUGAUGCAGACCGUGUCUCAGGCGGGUGCCUUGAAUGCCCUGGGAAGCAAGCCUCCAGCCAGUGGCCCAAGCCCCACGCCUGUGACCCCUCCAGUGGGUGUGCCUGGUCGAGUGGCAGUCAGUCCCCUGGCCGCAGGAGAACCCGGAGCGGCCUCCAAACCAGCUUCUCCUGUCGCUGGCCCCACCCAGGAGGAGAAGACCAGACUUCUGAAAGAGCGGCUGGACCAGAUUUAUUUCAUCAACGAACGGCGCUGCUCCCGCUCCCCCAUCUACGGCAGAGACUUGUUGGGGAUUUGUUCCCUGCCUGGCAGAGAGCAGGUGCCUUGGUUCCGGGCUUCUGACCGUGGUCACGGGAAGGGGGCUGGGACUGCAAGCAGGUACACAUUGCCCUCGAAAAGUCACAGGGACCUGAUUUUGACGCUGACUCAACGUCAAGAAUCCCUCCAGGAUGUCAUCGACAGGGUGGUGUGCGUGAUCCCGCCGGUGGUGGCCGCGCCCCCGCGCUUGUGGGUGGCAAGGCCACCCUCCCUCUACAGCCACAGGAUGCGGCUCUUCCGGCACUGCCUGCGGGAGCACACAGCGCCCUACGCGCAGCAGCUGCAGCGGAUGACGGCUCUGCACUCGCUGCGGUUCCCUGAGCUGAGGCUGGUCCAGUUUGACUCAGGAAAGCUGGAGGCCUUAGCCAUCUUACUUCAGAAGCUGAAGUCUGAAGGACGCCGAGUGCUGAUCUUAUCGCAGAUGGUUCUCAUGUUGGACAUCUUAGAAAUGUUCUUGAACUUCCAUUAUCUCACCUACAUAAGAAUUGAUGAAAACGCCAACAGUGAACAACGGCAGGAACUGAUGAGGAGUUUCAACCGAGACCGGCGCAUCUUCUGCGCCCUCCUCUCCACACACAGCCGCGCCACAGGUGUGAGCCUCGUGGAGGCAGAUGCGGUGGUCUUCUACGAUCAUGACCUCAACCCCGUGAUGGACGCCAAGGCCCAGGAGUGGUGCGACCGGAUUGGGCGGCGCAAGGACGUGCACAUAUACAGGCUCGUGAGUGGCAAUUCCAUUGAAGAGAAGUUGUUGAAAAAUGGCACCAAAGAUCUGAUCCGAGAAGUGGCUGCUCAGGGAAACGACUACUCCAUGGCGUUCCUCACGCAGCGGACAAUCCAGGAGCUGUUUGAGGUUUAUCCACCCAUGGAUGAUACUGGCUUCCCAGUGAAGGCCGAGGAGUUUGUCGUUCUUUCUCAGGAACCUUCUGUCACAGAAACCAUCGCACCCAAAAUUGCAAGACCUUUCAUAGAGGCCCUCAAGAGCAUCGAGUACCUGGAGGAGGAGGAUGCCCAGAAGCCAGCUGAGGAGGCCGUGCUCGGGUCGCCUGACUCCAGCGGUCCCAGGUGGGACGAGGAGCCCUCGCAGCUGGAGGAGUUAGCGGACUUCAUGGGACAGCUCACACCAAUUGAAAAGUAUGCCUUGAAUUACCUGGAAUUAUUCCAUACUUCCAUUGAUCAAGAAAAGGAGAGAAGUAGUGAGGGCGCCGUGUUGACCGCUGUGCGUGAAUGGGAGGCCCGGAACAUGCGGAGCCUGCGGGAACAGGAGGCCAGGGUGCGGCUGGAGCAGGAGCAGGAGCAGCUCCUCACCUACACCCGGGAGGACGCCUACAGCGCGGAGUUUGUGUGUGAGGGCGCUGACGGGCAGACGGAGGUCAUGCCGCUCUGGACGCCGCCCACACCCCCUCAGGACGACAACGACAUCUACAUUGACUCGGUCAUGUGUCUCAUGUACGAAACCACGCCCAUCCCCGAGUCCAAGCUGCCGCCCGUGUAUGUGAGGAAGGAGCGCCGCCGACACAAAACGGACCCCUCAGCCGCAGGCAGGAAGAAGAAACAGCGGCACGGGGAGGCCGUGGUGCCCCCGCGGUCGCUGUUUGACCGCGCGACCCCCGGCAUGUUGAAGAUCCGCCGGGAGGGCAAGGAGCAGAAGAAGAACAUUCUGCUGAAGCAGCAGACGCAGUUCGCCAAACCUCUGCCAACUUUUGCCAAACCGACCACUGAGUCCGGACCCGACAACCCCGAGUGGCUCAUCAGCGAGGACUGGGCGCUGCUGCAGGCCGUGAAGCAGCUCCUUGAGCUGCCUUUGAACCUCACAAUCGUAUCCCCGGCCCACACGCCCAACUGGGACCUGGUCAGCGAUGUCGUCAACUCGUGCAGCCGCAUCUACCGCUCCUCCAAGCAGUGCCGGAACCGCUACGAGAAUGUUCUCAUCCCCAGGGAGGAGGGCAAGAGUAAGAACAACCGCCCUCUGCGCACAGGCCAGAUGUACGCCCAGGACGAGAAUGCCACGCACACCCAGCUGUACACGAGCCACUUUGACCUGAUGAAGAUGACUGCCGGCAAGAGGAGCCCCCCCAUCAAGCCCCUGCUUGGCAUGAACCCCUUUCAGAAAAACCCCAAGCACGCUUCUGUAUUGGCAGAAAGUGGCAUCAACUACGACAAACCCCUGCCUCCUAUUCAGGUUGCGUCCCUCCGGGCAGAGCGCAUUGCCAAGGAGAAAAAGGCGCUGGCCGACCAGCAGAAGGCACAGCAGCCGCCCGUGACACAGCCCCCACCGCCCCCGCCUCAGCCACAGCCCCCGCCGCCCCAGCAGCCGCCUCCGCCUCUGCCCCAGCCCUCAGCAGCAGGCAGCCAGCAGCCUGCGGGGCCGCCUGCCAUCCAGCCCCAGGCUCAGGCACAGCCCCCUGCACAGCCUGCGCCACCCCCACCAAAGGCACCCCCUGCGAUCACGACGGUGGGCAGUGCCGCAGUGCUGGCAGGAGCCAUCAAAACGUCUGUCACAGGGACGAGCAUGCCCGCGGGCACCGUGAGUGGAAAUGUGAUCGUGAACACCAUCGCUGGUGUCCCUGCCGCCACCUUCCAGUCCAUUAACAAGCGUCUGGCUUCACCCGUGGCACCUGGAGCCUUAACUACCUCCGGAGGCUCUGCUCCUGCCCAAGUGGUCCACACCCAGCCUCGAGCAGUUGGUUCCCCAGCCACGGCCACAUCUGACCUGGUGUCCCUGGCACCGACUCAGGGUGUUCGAGCGGUCACCUCAGUGACGGCCUCGGCUGUGGUCACUACCAGCCUGACCCCCGUGCAGACCCCAACCCGGUCUUUGGUGACUCAGGUGUCCCAAGCCACAGGAGUCCAGCUCCCAGGGAAAACCAUCACGCCCGCACACUUUCAGCUCCUCCGGCAGCAGCAGCAGCAACAGCAGCAGCAGCAGCAGCAGCAGCAGCAGCAGCAGCAGCAGGCCUCACAGGUGCAGGUCCCACAGAUCCAAGGCCAGGCCCAGUCACCGGCGCAGAUCAAGGCUGUGGGCAAAUUGACACCGGAACACCUGAUCAAAAUGCAGAAGCAGAAACUGCAGCUGCCCCAGCAGGCGCCCCCAGCACAGGCCCCAGCGGGGCCCCCGCAGCCAACGGCUCAAGUGCAGGUGCAGCCCCCGCAGCCCACGCAGCAGCAGAGCCCCCAGCUCACCACGGUCACAGCCCCGAGGCCCGGCGCCCUGCUCACGGGCACCACCGUGGCCAACCUCCAGGUGGCCCGGCUCACCCGGGUCCCCACUUCACAGCUGCAGGCCCAAGGGCAGAUGCAGGCCCCAGCGCCCCAGCCAGCCCAGGUGGCACUGGCGAAGCCCCCGGUGGUGUCAGUGCCGGCAGCUGUGGUCUCCUCGCCGGGCGUCACGACCCUGCCCAUGAACGUUGCUGGGAUCAGUGUGGCCAUCGGGCAGCCGCAGAAAGCCGCAGGACAGACUGUUGUGGCCCAGCCCGUGCACGUCCAGCAGCUGCUGAAGCUCAAGCAGCAAGCCGUCCAGCAGCAGAAGGCCAUCCAGCCGCAGGCUGCCCCAGGCCCUGCCACUGUCCAGCAGAAGAUCACGGCACAGCAGAUUGCUGCGCAGGGCCAACCACAGAAGGUCACCUACGCCACCCAGCCAGCCCUUAAAACCCAGUUUCUCACCACACCCAUCUCCCAGGCCCAGAAGCUGGCCGGGACCCAGCAGGUGCAGACCCAGAUCCAGGUUGCAAAACUCCCUCAAGUCGUCCAACAGCAGACACCUGUGGCCAGCAUCCAGCAGGUUGCCUCUGCUUCCCAACAGGCUUCCCCACAGACUGUGACCCUCACCCAGGCGACAGCUGCUGGGCAGCAGGUCCAGAUGAUCCCUGCAGUGACAGCGACAGCGCAGGUGGUCCAGCAGAAGCUCAUGCAGCAGCAAGUGGUGACCACAGCAGCUGCCCAGCUGCAGACCCCUGGCGUCCCCACCCCUGCCCAGGUGCCAGCCACCUCCGACAGCCCGAACCAGCAGCCCAAGCUCCAGAUGAGGGUCCCUGCCGUCAGGUUAAAGACGCCCACCAAACCUCCGUGCCCCUAG